CUGAUGUGCUCAUAGCAAACCAAACGUGGUUAUCCUUUCUUACUCCUUUUCUUUUGCUCUGCUGUUGGCCUCUGAAUCCUCCAUCAGAUGGCUGGAUCAGCACUCUCCGACUCAUCAGAAACUUCCAACUAGAGCCAAAACCUCCUAGAGACUUUUUGUAGAGAGGAGGGACGGGGGAGUUAGGAUGAGGUGAGGGAUGGUGUGAUUCUGUGAGAAGACAGAAAGGAAGAGGGAGACGCUCCAGGAGCAGCAUCACUUGAAUCCCCCUCCUGUCUCCUCUACUCGACCCCCCUUUCUGUCUGGCCGACGUUGUCCCCGAUAACACGCUGCUUCAGUCAAGACAGGGAGUUUGGGAGUGGGGGGCUGCUCGGCGACAAGGAAACAUGUCACACACUAGAAGGAAUACGUACACCCGGACCACCAGCAGUGGCAGCAGCAGGAUGAGCUCAGAUGGGGGCGGGCGGCCCGUCAAAGUGGGCUCCCUGGUGGAGGUGAUCGGGAAGGGGCAGAGCGGCACCGUGGCCUACAUCGGCACCACACUCUUCGCCUCCGGGAAAUGGGUGGGAGUCAUCCUGGACGAGGCCAAGGGCAAGAACGACGGCACAGUGCAGGGCAAGCGCUACUUCACCUGCGAGGAGAACCGCGGGAUUUUUGUGAGGCAGUCACAGAUCCAGCUGGUUGACGAUGGAGCCGACACAACAUCUCCAGAGACACCUGAGCCCGGCACCGGCAAGGUCCCCAAACGAGAGAUCCCAGAGGCCACCAAGUCUGCCAAACUGCGAGGACUGAAGCCCAAAAAGGUGCUGCAUGUUUCUCUAACCUCGACCCCUGCACCCAGGAAGACCACGGCCAGAAGGCCCAAGCAGCCCAGCCGACCUGCAGGUGGAAAGGGGGCAGCGUCCGGCUCGGCUUCGGCCUCCGCUGGAGAGAUGAGCAGCAGCGAGCCCAGCACGCCGGCCCAGACCCCCCUGGCUGCUCCAGUCAUUCCCACCCUCCACUCCCCAGGAAACCCUCCGGCUCCUGUCCCCAGCAAGGAGGAGGAGGCGCUACGUGCUCAGGUGAAGGACCUGGAGGAGAAGCUGGAGACGCUGAAGAUGAAGAGGACAGAGGACAAAGCUAAGCUGAAGGAGCUGGAGAAGCACAAGAUCCAGCUGGAGCAGCUGCAGGAGUGGAAGACCAAGAUGCAGGAGCAGCAGGCCGAACUGCAGAAACAACUCAAAGAAGCAAAGAGGGAGGCCAAAGAAGCCCUGGAGGCGAAGGAGCGCUACAUGGAGGAGAUGUCUGACACGGCCGACGCGAUUGAGAUGGCAACAUUGGAUAAGGAGAUGGCCGAGGAGAGAGCAGAGUCUCUGCAGCUGGAGGUUGACUCCCUUAAGGAGAAAGUGGACGAGCUCACCAUGGACCUGGAGAUCCUCAAGCACGAAAUUGAGGAGAAAGGUUCAGAUGGUGCUGCUUCCAGUUACCAUGUGAAGCAGCUGGAAGAGCAGAACAGCAGGCUGAAGGAAGCACUGGUCAGGAUGCGUGACCUCUCUGCAUCAGAGAAGCAAGAACAUGUGAAGUUGCAAAAGCAGAUGGAGAAGAAGAACACAGAGCUUGAUUCUCUGCGAAGCCAGAAAGAAAAACUGCAGGAAGAGAUGUCGGCGGCGGAGAAGACCAUUGAUGAGCUGAAAGAGCAGGUGGAUGCAGCUUUGGGGGCGGAGGAGAUGGUGGAGACUCUGACAGAGAGAAACCUGGACCUGGAGGAGAAAGUCAGGGAGCUGAGAGAGACUGUCGCAGAUCUGGAAGCCAUAAACGAGAUGAAUGAUGAGCUGCAAGAAAACGCUAGAGAGACGGAGCUGGAGCUGAGAGAGAUGUUGGAUCUGGGAGCUGCAAGAGUUCGAGAGGCUGAGAAACGAGUGGAAGCGGCUCAGGAGACUGUAGCUGAUUACCAGCAGACCAUCAAGAAAUACCGCGAGCUCACUGCUCACCUGCAGGAGGUGAACAGAGAGCUGACCAGCCAGCAGGAGGCCUCUGCAGAGCUGCAGCAGCAGCCACCGGCAGAAAUGUUUGAUUUCAAGAUUAAGUUUGCAGAGACAAAGGCCUACGCCAAGGCCAUUGAGAUGGAGCUUAGGAAGAUGGAGGUGGGUCAAGCCAACCGACACGUUUCCCUCCUGACCUCCUUCAUGCCCGAGUCCUUCCUACGUCACGGUGGUGACCACGACUGCAUCCUGGUGCUGCUGCUCAUGCCCAGACUGAUCUGCAAAGCCGAGCUGAUCAGCAAACAGGCGCAGGAGAAGUUUGACCUGAAUGAAAACUGUCUGGAGCGAUCCGGCCUGAAGGGAGCCGUCGGGGAGCAGCUGAGCUUUGCAGGCGGUCUUGUCUACUCGCUGAGUCUGUUGCAGGCCACGCUCCACAAAUAUGAACAAGCCCUAGCUCAGUGCAGUGUAGAGGUCUAUAAGAAGAUAGGCUCUUUGUACCCAGAGAUGAGUGUUCAUGAACGAUCGUUGGAUUUCCUCAUCGACCUCCUGCACAGAGACCAGCUGGAUGAGACGGUCAACGUGGAGCCGCUCACCAAAGCCAUUAAAUAUUAUCAGCACCUGUAUAGUAUCCAUCUGGCAGAUCAGAACGAGGACUGCACCAUGCAGCUCGCUGAUCACAUCAGAUUUACCCAGAGUGCCUUGGACUGCAUGGCUGUGGAGGUGGGUCGUCUGCGGGCAUUCCUGCAUGCGGGUCAGGAGAAGGCCGACCUCGCUGUGCUGCUCAAGGAUCUGGAAACGUCCUGCAGUGACAUCAGACAGUUCUGCAAGAAGAUCCGUCGCAGGAUGCCAGGAACGGAUGCCCCCGGCAUCCCAUCAGCUCUCAACUUUGGACAACAGGUGUCUGACACACUCUCAGACUGCAGGAAACAUUUGACAUGGGUUGUGGCAGUGCUGCAAGAAGUAGCAGCAGCUGGAGCUCAGAUGAUGUCACCUUUAGGUGAACAGGAAGGGCUGUCAGCCGUCAAACUGGAGGACGUGGCGUUCAAGGCUGGAGAACAGAUAUAUGGAUCUCAGGGUGCAAACCCAUACGAGUAUCUGCGACAGUCCUGUAGCAUCGUCAUAGCAACCAUGAAUAAAAUGGCGACUGCUAUGCAGGAAGGAGAGUAUGACUCAGAGAAGCCUCACAGCAAGAAUCCUCCACCGGUGGAAGUGCGAGCAGCAGCUCUGCGAGCAGAAAUCACAGAUGCAGAAGGACUCGGAUUGAAGCUGGAGGACAGAGAGACCGUCAUCAAAGAGCUGAAGAAAUCUCUAAAGAUCAAGGGUGAGGAGCUAAGUGAGGCCAACGUCCGUCUCAGUCUGCUGGAAAAGAAGCUGGACAGUUCAUCCAAAGAUGCAGAUGAACGAGUUGAGAAGAUCCAGACUCGACUGGAUGAGGCCCAGACUCUGUUGAAGAAGAAAGAGAAGGAGUUUGAGGAAACGAUGGACGCUCUGCAGGCGGACAUCGACCAGCUGGAGUCAGAGAAGGCAGAGCUGAAACAACGAAUCAACAGCCAAUCAAAGAUGACCGUUGACGGGCUGAGAGGAAGCGGCUCGUCAGGAAUUGCUUCAAUCGUCACGGGAAUAGCAGGAGAGGAACAAAAAGCUGGCAUGAUUUCUGGAGUCGGCUCUGGUUCGGGAGUUCAGGUGAUCGACUCUCCUCUGCUGACUCAGCAGAUUGAAGCCCAGAGACUCUGCAUUAAACACCUAAAGAACGAGAACAACAGACUCAAGGCAGAGAAGAUGCGUGUUCAACUCGCCUCUCUGCCUCCGCUUCACGUGACCAAAUUUCCGUCCAAGGAAGGACGUCCUGAAGUGCUCUCUAGCGCCCUCUACCGCAAAACCGACCAGCUGCUGGAGACUUUGCUGCAGAUGAGUGCCAAUGUCAAGGUGGUGGACAUCACUGGAAAGUCUCCAGUGACACCUGGUGCUCAGCUCCUGGAACAGACGGCUCGACUCCAGUCCCUGAGACAAACUCUGGACAGACUGAAGGACGAGGUAGCAGAGCAUGUUGUCAAUCAGCAGCCAGGAGCUCGAGUUUCAUCUGACUUUGCAACUUUCCCCUCAACCACGUUUGUAAAGGCGAAGGAGGAGACACACGGUGACACGGUGCUGGUGGGUCGGGUCAUGGUGCCGUGUCCCCGCGGGCAGGAGCAGGUCCACCGCCUCGUCCUGUCCCAGUCUCAGCUGCAGAAGGUUCACAGCAUGCUGCAGACCUAAACUUCACCUGCUCUGUGAUCCAGCCUGCAGCAGAUACUCCCCGUCAUCAGCUUCGCCGCCCUUCCAUGGCCACAAACCAGGCGGUAUCGAGUGUUUCAUGAAGGAUUACAACCUGGAAGUUAUCGUCGUCUUUGAAAUGAAAGCAGCUCUGUAGAUAAACGUCACUCAUCAGUAAUCUAAAUGUCACUUUUGGACAUGUAGCACUCGUCUGUUCUGAAGCUGCCUCGUCUGAUUUGGGUUUAAAUGCGUGAGCUGAUUCAUGAUUGACGGGCAUUUUAUUGUUUUUACAGGAAGACCGUCAAUCAUUCUUUGCUGCUUUGUUAUAUCAAAUUAUCCUUACUUGUGGUCAAUUGAUCAGAUAAGACUAGAAAUGGAGAGAUGUAAUGUUGGAUUAAUACAAAAAUGAUUAUUUUAAAUUCAGUUUAAGCAUUUUAUCAGCAGAAAGACAAAAUAAAAUAACAUUAACAGCUAAUGGAAAGUCAGUUUCUUUAGACUAAAAUGCAGUUGUAAUUCAGAUUCCCCCCACGUUUACUUAGAAAUGUUUUAUUUUAGACAAUGUGUCAGGCUGAAGUCCUACAUACUGUAAAUUAUGGAGUGGAUGUAGACUGAAAGUAGUGAUACUACUGCACUGCCGCAUGUUGCCCAGAUCCACUAAAGCCUUUAUCACACAGAGUAUUUAUCAACCUUCUCUUGGUUUAUAUUAGGCCAACACUGGGUGGUGUUUCAUGUUUCUCUGUUCAGGAUAUAAAGUAUUAUGACUGUGUUGUAAAUUUUAAUGAAGUGAAUCAAUGUAACAUAAACUUGUUCAUCUAAAGGGAAGAAGGAUUAUGGGACUUGCAUUUAAAUUCGAGGGCAUUGAACUGUGGUUUAUUUGCACAUCAUCAGUUUCGUAUUAUCUUGUUUCAUAGGUGAAGAUUUUGUGAUUUAGACGCUACAACUCUUAAGCUAAUUACUCUUGAAACAUAUUGGUUAAGUUCAGUUGAUUAACUGUGACACCUGGAAGAAAAUCUUUUACAGAUUUAUUUAAAUGCAACCUGAUUUCACUUUACGUCAGAUGGAUCAGAUGAUUUAAAUUAUUCACUAUUUAUUACACUGGAGGUGUGUGUUGUUAGUGUGUGCUUUUACAUGCCUGUUCUGUUCAUAUUCUGUCAACGUUAACUUUGUCCGAGCCUUAAACCUGCAGACAUCAGUCACCUGCCUUUAUUCUGAUUUGUUGAAACAAAUUUACAUAUUUGCCAAAGAAGCUUUGUUUCUCUUCACCACGUUUGCCAUGACUCACUUUUAUUUCUGAAUCCACUCUAGCCAUUUUAUUCAGCUAUUUUAGGUUAUUUAUGUUUACACAGGACUGUCAUUAACUUGAAGUUUUAUUUAUUAAUUUAAUGGGCAUAGUGCAUGUAUGGGAGUAGUUGGAGGGAAAAUUUCUUCUGUAUUCACUGUUAUCCAGCUGUGAGCCUGCAGAUAGUCUUACCUUUUCCUCAUGUGGUUAAUGGCUGUUGCACAACCAAUAACUUGAUCAAUAAACUAAUUAAAGCCAGUUACUAUGUUGGCUGUUAUUGUCUUGAAACCAAAUACCAGAAUAAGCAAAAUAUUGU